ACCUGAGAGAACUGCAGCUGGACACAGUGCUCUGUAUCCGUCCCCUCCGGAGACCACCAUGCCGAUUGACAUGGCCUUACCUCUGUACCUGUCCACCGAGGACUUCGUCUACAGGACGCCUCCUAACAGCUGUUCACCUGCUCUGAGCUCCAGCCUCAGGUUCCAGCCGUCGCAGCGCGUUGAGCCGGCGCCGGACGUCGGACAUUCCACCGCCAAAGACACCAGAAAAGCUAAAAAGCAGGUGACGUUUGCCGAUCACAGAGGUCUGUCUCUAACCAGGGUGAAGGUCUUCUCCCCGUUCAACGACCCCAUCGACAUCCCGCUGAACGUCCGGGAGGCGCUGAGCUCUGCUGCGUCUCUGACGGUGGAGGAGGACAGGUUGGUGCUGGACUUCCCUCAGCCGUCCUCAGACUACCUGCUCUUCCGUCAGAGCCUGAACAGGAACCUGGUGUGCCUGGAGCACUGCGUGCUGAAGGACAAGGGUUUAGCGGGAACCGUCAAGGUCAGGAACGUGUCCUUUGAGAAGUCUGUGCGGCUGCGGGUGACCUUUGACACCUGGAAGAGCCACACGGAUGUGGACUGCGUGUAUGUGAAGGACACGUAUCCCAGCUCGUACAGUGACACCUUCUCCUUCGAGGUGUCCCUGCCCGCGGAGCUGCCUCCUCACGAGCGCGUUGAGUUCGCCGUCUGUUACGAGGUGGGGGGGCGCCAGCACUGGGACAGCAACUGGGGCAACAACUACAGGGUGGUCUGGUCCUCCAUGAGGAGCCACCGCACGAACUCCUUUGACUUUGGGAUUCAUUUCGACCGGUAUGGCAGCCCCACCUGCUCGCACGGGAUCUUCCCUGAUUGGCCGAGCUACGCCGGGUACGAGGACAUCGGCCCGUACUACUGACCCCCAGUUUUUAAACGUGUUCACGAUGCUGCUGAAGGUCACGAGUUCGAUUUGUCUGAUGCUCAUCGCACACCUGA